AUGGAUGAAGAAAAUGACUCCAAGAUCCACAAGCAGUUCCGUAAUGCCCACGAAGGCCAUAAGUCCCACGCAGGACUCGACCCCACCCGUGCCUCUACUGGUGUAAUCUGGUGUACCGAAAGAGCCUAUGAGCAUGGAUUUGCCGAGGAGCCUGAAAAAUGGGCAAACCUUGGACAAGGUGCCCCCGAAGUCGAUGACGAAAUCGCGGGUAGUUUCAAGCGCCCUGAGAGUAUUGAUAUUACAAUGACGGGCAGAGAAUACGGUCCUACAGCUGGUAUCAAAAGUUUGAGAGCUGCUGUUGCAAACAUGUAUAACGCACAUCAUAGAGAGGGCAAGGAAAGUCAAUAUACUUGGGAAAAUGUUUGCAUUGUUCCUGGUGGUCGCGCUGGUUUGAUCAGAAUCGCUGCAGUGUUGAACAAUGCAUACCUGGGUUUCUUCAUUCCUGAUUAUACUGCAUACAAUGAGAUGUUGUCAUUAUUCAAGAACUUUGCGGCAAUUCCAACCCCUCUCUCUGAAGAAGAUGGUUAUCAUAUCCACCCCAAUAAGAUUGAGGAGGAGAUUGCUCGUGGUACCUCUGUUAUCUUGACCUCAAAUCCUAGAAAUCCUACCGGAAAAGUUGUCAAGAACCCUCAGCUCGCUGAAAUCCAAGACAUCUGCAGAGAUAGAGCUACUCUUAUCAUGGAUGAAUUUUACGGAGGCUACAACUACACCAGCAAUUGUGAUGGUACCACAAUCAGUGCUGCUGAUAACAUUGAGGACGUGGAUGAGGACGAUGUCUUGAUCAUUGAUGGCCUUACCAAGCGCUUUAGAUUACCCGGAUGGAGAAUUGCUUGGAUUGUUGGACCAAAGGAAUUUAUCAAAGCUAUUGGUUCAUGUGGUUCAUACCUUGAUGGUGGUGCCAAUGUUCCCUUCCAGGAAGCUGCCAUUCCUAUGCUUGAGCCUACAAAGGUUAGAGAGGAAAUGAAGGCUUUGCAAACUCACUUCCGUGACAAGCGCGACUAUGUUAUCAAACGGCUUCGCCAGAUGGGCUUCAUAAUCAAAGAAGUACCUGACAGCACUUUCUACUUGUGGUUGGACCUCGAAGGACUCCCAGCCGAAAUUGCCGAUGGUCUCAACUUCUUCCAAGCAUGUCUUGAGGAGCGUGUCAUCGUUGUACCCGGUAUCUUUUUCGACUUGAAUCCAAGUAAGCGAAGAGAUUUAUUCGACAGUCCUUGUCACCACUUCGUAAGAUUUUCUUAUGGUCCAACUAUGGAUACUUUGAAGAUGGGUUUGGAUGGAAUUGAGAGAGUCGUUGAUAAGUUCCGAAUGCCAGGAGAACCAUUAGAUCAGGCAGUAGAGGAUGACGAGGAUGACAAUGACAUUGAUGAUAAUGAUGAUGAAAAAUAG